CUGCGGCGGAGGCGCGGGGACCGCAGUGCGCGCGGCGCCCGCCCGCGCCCGCAGCGCCACCCCCUCGUCUGGGGACCCGCGCGGGGUCCGCGGGGCGGGGCCAGUCUCUCUGCCGCCCCUCGAGCCAACGCGGGCCUGGCGCCCGCUCUCGGGGUCGCCCUCCUCCUCCCCCCCGCGGGCCGCGUGGGGGUCAGGAUCCCCGCGGCGUGCCCCCUCCCGCCUCCCCUUUCCCCGUCCCCGUCUGGCUGAGCCUGGGUCCUAGUCAAGCCCCCCGCCUCAAUUCUGGAAGGGAAAGCCUGCUUUGAGCUCUCACAAUGCCAGAGGGAGGAAGGGGAGGAGAGAGCCCGGGGUUGGUCAUGAAAGCUGGUUCCCAGGACCCCACCGUGGGACCGCCUUGUGUCCCCACCAGAGUCAGGGUCUCUGCUUGUCCUUCCACUGGGCCCCCAGUGGGAAUGCCUCCAGGGUUUUCUGGAUCACAGGUGCAGCAGGCUGUUUCCAGCGCUGGCAGGCUCACAGACCGCGAUGUGACAGAAGAGGGUGAGCAGGGGCGGGCAAGCGACGACCAGAGGAGUGAAGGGAGGGAGGAACGGUAGUUGGGAGAAUGCUCCAAGGACAGGACAGUUGGACAGAUGGGUGGUGUGAGGGGUAGGUGGAAGGUCAAACAGACAACUGGACAGGCCGCCAUGGGACAGCUCAGGGAGGACACGCACCUACACAGGGUGGGGUGGCCCUUUCCGGCAUCCCAGCAGGUCAGCACGUGUCCCGUUGUCACAGAGUUGUGUGCUAACCUGACCGCACCCAGCACAGAGGCCCCAUUCCUUUCUGCUUCUUCCUCAGGCCAGGCUUCCCUGCCCCCCCUGUGAUACGCCCUCUGCCUGUGAGGAGCUCUCAGGUGAGAGGGAGGACAGAGGACAUGCUAACAAAUACAGGGCAAGGGACCAGGGCUGCAUGGGCCUCCAGAGAGCCUUUCCCUAACCUGCCAGGGCCACCACGUGGCAUGCCGGCACUCCUUUGAUCAGCACUGGGCCAUGCACCUAACCCUGGACAGUCCCAGCCCCUUCUGGCCACAGCUCCUCUGCUCUGUACAGGCCAGACUGCACCUGGCUAUAGACCUAGCCCCAAGUCCUGCAGGCAGCAGAGCCCGGAAAGGUCGCCGUUCCUGAUAAAGGGCCCCACGCGGGCAAAACAGGCUGGAGAGGCAUCCGUGGCCCAUAGGCCUUGACUUUGCCGCUCUUUGCGAUCUCAGGCUAGCGCCUGCGCCUCAGUGUCCUCCACCAUUCAGCGAGAGCAUGUGUGCUAGUGAGCAGGUGCCCCGUGGGAGGGGCAGCGGGGUGCUUAUGGGGUCCUGGUGCGAAGGCAGGGUAACUGCGGCAGCCCCGGCCAGGGGAGGACUGGGCGUCCAGCCUCGGCAAGGGCUUUGCUCAUCUCCCCACCACCUCCCGAGGCGCGUACCCAAGGUGGUACCGGCCACUAGGUCCCACCCCCUACCCGAGGCCCCGCCCCUAGAGCUGAAGUCUACCCAGUGCAAGGCUCCCGCCCAGAGCCCGCCCAAACCCACGCCUCCCGAGCCGGGCGGCUCAGAGCUGGUGCAGCCCAAGCCGGGUCCUGGACAGAUGAGGCCAGCUGACCCCGAACCUGGUGUUUAGGAAAACCCUUGAGCGCAGAGGCUUCUGGGAAAUAUAGUUCCCACCGGGCGCACCUCCACCCCUGCCCUGUCAGUCCUGUUUUGCGCAUGCGCCAGCCUCCUCUCAGCAAGGGGCAGAAUCUGUAGGGGCUGUGGGCGGGGCUUCUGGCGCCUGCGCACUGGACCUCUGUUGUCCGCCUCCCAACUCCCGGUCUUUGGGCCUAAUUCUCCCCACGUCUGGUGCCGCAUCGGUACUCCUCAUGUCCACUCCUCAUGUCCGGACCGGUCUGACCGGCCCCAUGCAGGCCACUCUGGUCAGCUGGCCUCUGGGCCGUGUCUGAUUUGAUCCCGCCCUUCCUGGGGGUUCCCCCCGAGCGCCAAGGACUAGGGGUGCGUGUCCAGGCCACACCCUACUGUCCCGGUUGCCCCAAGCGGAGCUCACCGUGCCAGGCCCAAACCCAAGACCCCAGUGCUCACAUCCACCCCCCACAUACAGCGACCCUGUAUGGCAGGUGCUAUGUGCCACCUCACAGAUGGAGGGGAUGCGAGGGCCAAGGAUGGGGACGCUGAGGGAUCGGGGGCUUGUGGCCCACGAGGCCACCAACCAGAGGGAAACUGUAGUUUCAGAAAUGAGCUAGAAACGUCACUUGUGUAUGAAGCCCACGUCGCCAAUCGUAAGAUAAGAGGGAAAAGGCAGCUGCCAGUCGCUCAGCUCACAGGCACUGGGACCCGGCCCAGGGAACAAGAGGACAGCUUGCUGCCGUCACCACUUCAGGUGGGUCCUGGGCUGAGGGGCUUCCGCACCCCCUGUAGGACCAGGCCAAGCCAUGGACCCCCCUGAGAUGCUCAUCAAGGACCCGUAUGCCCACGUCAGCAUCCCGAGGGCUCACCUGCGGCCCGAGCUGGGGCAGCAGCUGGAGGCGGCUCCAUCCUCCUCGGAGUCGCAGCCUCUGCCCGUGGGGUCCUGCACCCUGGAGCCUACCGAGGAGGCCCCAGGGCCCAAGGGCGCCGAGGGGGCUGCCUCCAUCCGGGGCCAGCAGGCCUGGCAGCAGCCCUGCACCCCCGAUGGCAGUGGGCAGCAGCAGCAGGCAGGACUGCCCUACGCUGGCCUGCCGCCGGUGGGGCGCGGCGACGCCAUUGCCCAUCACUGCUGGUGCUGUCCCUGCUGCUCCUGCUGCCACUGCCCCCGCUUCUGCCGCUGCCACAGCUGCUGCUGUGUCAUUUCCUAGCCUGGCCCCUGGGCCGCAGGGCCUGCUGCGGGAC